GGUGCCCGUCGCGCUGCUGGCCCUGGCCAUGUCGUCGUCUUUCUUCAACCCCAGCUUUGCCUUCAGCUCCCACUUCGACCCCGGUGAGUCCGCACGGCGCCCCUCGGAGGCGGCCUUGCCGGCUGUGGCCGCCCCCCCACCUGUCUCCCCACUGCCGACAUGAUGCUGCUGGAGCCACGGUUUCCCAUUUGGCCUGGAAAUUAACCCCUUCUCCACCCUGAGUCCCCCGUCCCCCGCAGAAGAACAGGGACCAGCGCGGACCCACUACAGGUCUCCGGAGGUGGGCAGGCCUUGGGGCCAGACCCUGCACAGCCGGCCCCUUCAGCGCUGGCUGGCAGCAUCAGCCCCUGUGUCUCUGUGGAUGCCUCCCUGGCACAGACGGAGCCCCACUCGGUGAGCUGUCCUGGUCGUCUUCCCUUGCCGUGGUCGCUGUGUCCUUCUUGGGGCUCUUCACCAUCACUGUCCUCAUGCUGGCCUGCCUGUGCUGCAAGAAGGGGGGCAUCGGGUUCAAGGAGUUUGAGAAUGCUGAGGGGGACGAGUAUGCGGCCGACUUCUCGGCAGAGGGCUCCCCGGCCGCAGCCGCGCAGAACGGGCCCGACGUGUACGUGCUGCCCCUCACUGAGGUCUCCCUGCCUAUGGCCAAGCAGCCAGGUCGUUCAGUGCAGCUUCUCAAGUCCACGGACCUGGGCCGGCACAGCCUUCUAUACCUGAAGGAGAUCGGCCACGGCUGGUUCGGGAAGGUGUUCUUGGGGGAGGUGCAGUCAGGCGUCAGUGGCACGCAGGUGGUGGUGAAGGAGCUGAAGGCCAGCGCCAGUGUUCAGGAGCAGAUGCAGUUCUUGGAGGAGGCGCAGCCCUACCGGGCCCUACAGCACAGCAACCUGCUUCAGUGUCUGGCCCAGUGUGCCGAGGUCACCCCCUACCUGCUGGUUAUGGAGUUCUGUCCACUGGGGGACCUCAAAGGUUACCUGCGGAGCUGCCGGGUGACAGAAUCCAUGGCACCUGACCCCCUGACCCUGCAGCGUAUGGCCUGUGAGGUGGCCUGUGGGGUCUUGCAUCUACAUCGCCACAACUAUGUGCACAGCGACCUGGCCUUGCGGAACUGCCUGCUUACAGCUGACCUGACGGUGAAGGUUGGCGACUACGGCCUGUCACAUUGCAAAUACAGGGAAGACUACUUCGUAACUGCUGAUCAGCUGUGGGUGCCGCUGCGCUGGAUCGCGCCUGAGCUGGUGGACGAGGUGCAUGGCAACCUGCUAGUGGUGGAUCAGACCAAGACCAGCAAUGUGUGGUCCCUGGGCAUAACCAUCUGGGAGCUCUUCGAAUUGGGUGCACAGCCCUACCCCCAGCACUCGGACCGGCAGGUGCUGGCUUACGCCGUCCGAGAGCAGCAGCUCAAGCUACCCAAGCCCCAGCUGCAGCUGACUCUGUCUGAUCGCUGGUACGAGGUGAUGCAGUUCUGCUGGCUGCAGCCAGAGCAGCGGCCCACAGCUGAGGAGGUCCACCUGCUGCUGUCCUACUUGUGCGCCAAGGGUACCACCGAAGUGGAGGAGGAGUUUGAGCGGCGCUGGCACUCCCUGCGGCCUGGUGGCAGCACCGGGUCAGGUUCCACAGGCCCCGCGCUGGGUGCUGCCGCUGAACUUGCUGCUGCCUCAUCCUUCCCGCUGCUGGAGCAGUUCAUGGGGGACGGCUUCCACGUGGACGGUGACGACGUGCUGACCGUAACCGAGACAAGCCACGGCCUCAACUUCGAAUACAAGUGGGAGGCUGGCUGCGGUGCUGAGGCGUUUCCAUCCCCGGGGGGUGCAUGUAGCCCUGGCUCUGGAGCACGCCUGCGGGAGUUGUGUGCACCAGACAGUGCUCCACCUGGGGUGGUGCCGGUGCUCAGUGCACACAGCCCCUCAGUGGGCAGUGAAUAUUUCAUCCGUCUGGAGGGGGCAGUGCCUGCGGCUGGCCACGACCCUGACUGUGCAGGCUGUGCCCCCAGCCCCCAAGCUGCAACUGACCAAGAUGAAAAUUCAGAGGGAAGCACCACUGCCUCACUGGUCAUGGAGCCACUGCUGGGCCAUGCACCCCCGACUGGGGGCCUGUGGGACCCCUGUGACCACCAUCCAGGCAGGAGGCAGGAACUGUCCUCCCUGUCACGAUCACCUUCUCUUGGGGCCCUGAUGCUGGCAGAGACCAGGGAUGAAGAUGUAGACUGGAGCGUGGCCACCUUCUGCCCACCCUUCUUUGAUGACCCACUGGGUGUAUCACCCUCUGGGAGCCCUGAGGCCCAGCCAUCCCCCAGUGAUGAGGAGCUGGAGGAGGGCAAGGCAGGGAGGGCUGCCCAACAUGGACACUGGAGCUCUAAUAUGUCAGCCAACAAUAACAGUGGCAGCCGGGACCCAGAGUCCUGGGAUCCUGGCUAUGUGAGUAGCUUCACAGACAGCUACAGGGAUGACUGCUCCAGCCUAGAGCAGACCCCACGGGCCUCCCCUGAGCUUGGCUACCACCUGGCCCAGGAGGAUCCCAGAGAGUUUCUGCCUGAGCCUCUAGCAGCCUCUCCCAGUCAGGAGCCAAAUCGCUGCUUCAGCCUACCCCCUCUGUGUCCUACCAAGAGCCUGUCACCUGCUGCCUGCCUGGUCACAUCCCCCUGGACAGAGGCAGCUGUAGGUGGAGAUGAAAACCUCCAUGUGGAACCCAAGCUUGGCCAGGAUGCUGAGGGCUCUGCUUGGCUCCAACCACCCCUUCUUUCUGUCCCUUCCCCAUCCCACGAGGGAGCGCCACUUCCCUCAGAGGAAGCAAGUGCCCCUGACACCCUGCCUGCAUCCCCCACGCCUGCUGCUGGCAGCUGGGUGACUGUCCCCAAGUUGGCCCCCACCCUGGACAGCAGCAGCUCCCCGGGGUUAGAGGCACCCAGCAGUGAGGAUGAGGACACGACUGAGGCCACAUCAGGCGUUUUCACUGACGUGUCCAGUGACGGCCCACAAACUGAGAAGCCAGGUGUAGUGCCAGCCUUGCGCUGUCUGCAGAAGCAGGUGGGGACUCCUGACUCCUUGGACUCUCUGGAUAUCCCAUCUUCAGCCAGUGACGGUGGUUGUGAGGUCUUGAUCCCGUCGGUUGCUGGUCCCCCUGGUGGGCAGCCUCGUGCCCUGGAUAGUGGUUAUGACACAGAGAACUAUGAAUCUCCCGAGUUUGUUCUCAAGGAGGCUCAUGAGUCCAGUGAGCCUGAGGCCUUCGGGGAGCUGGCCUCAGAGGGUGACAGCCCAGGGCCCGAGACUCGGCUCUCUGUCUCCCUUGGUGGCCUCAGUGAGAAAAACCCCUACAGAGACUCUGCCUACUUCUCAGAUCUGGAUGCUGAGUCUGAGCCUACCUUUGGCUCUGAGACAUGCAGUGGGGUCCAGGACCCCCAGAAGGAACCAGGCCUGAAAAGCCCACAGAGUCCUGGGCAGCCGGAUGUUCAGGUUUUCCCCCGACCUGGAGUGACGAGGGAGGCCCCAGGCACUGACCCCAGGGAGGUGCUGUCCCCACCACAGCAGCCAGAGGAACCCUCGCCAGACAGUCCCAGGCCAGAGCCUCUUCAGGCUAAAGGCCCAGUCAAGGUACAGCCUGUGCCUGGCCCUAGCCACUCCAAAUGUUUCCUGCUAACCCCAGUCCCACUGAGCUCAGAAGGCAAUGGUAUGGAGCCCCAGGGGCCCCUGGGACAAUUGUCAGGGCCAGCCUGGCUGGGGCGGACCGGGAGCCCUGGCACACCCAGAUCCCCGCUCUGCCUGGCUCUGCCUGGCCACUCUGGGGCUUUGGAGGGCCGGCCAGAGGAGGAAGAGGAGGACAGUGAGGACAGCGAUGAAUCGGAUGAGGAGCUCCGCUGCUACAGCAUCCAGGAGCCCAGCGAGGACAGUGAGGAGGAGUCCCCGGCUGUGCCCGUGGUGGUGGCUGAGAGCCAGAGCGCCCGAAAUCUGCGCAGCUUGCUCAAGAUGCCCAGCCUGCUCUCUGAGGCCUUCUGUGAGGACCUGGAACGCAAGAAGAAGGCUGUGUCCUUCUUCGAUGACGUCACGGUCUACCUCUUCGACCAGGUGGGUUCGAGUGGGAUGAGGACUUCCCAAUGGUGCCAGCCAAGGCUGCCUUGGCAACAGCACUGGACCCGGCCGCCCCUGCCCUGGCUGCACCGCCCACGACCGCUGCGCCCUUAUCUCGUUUCACCGUGUCACCCACGCCUGCCUCCCGCUUUUCCAUCACCCAGGUCUCUGACUCGGAUGUCCAGUCAGUGGGAGGCCCUGUGGCAAGUGCUGGGGGCAGGUACACAGAGGCUUGAGACCCAGAUAGUUCCACCCUUCGGAGGCUGGCAUCACUGGACCCCCUGCCAUUGUUCGGGCAGCAGCAAGGAUGGUAACUGGGAAUGGAUGGGGACCAUCGGGAGCCCCCACAGCAUCCUGGAGGAGCAGGCCUGUCUCCAGCCCUGGAUGACACCGGGGUGUGCAUCUGCUCUGUGUUAUCCUGGUGGCAGGAUGUGUCCUGGGUAGACACUGGGGUUUGCUAGCCCCUGGAGAUGCCUGUAGCCCAAGAACCUGUGAGCGUCCAUACGCAUAUCAUACACCUUCAAGAAGGGUUUCUGCAAGCCCAGGUGACGUCACUAGUCCCCACCCUUUCUCGGUGGCUGUUGUUGGACUGGUUGGCUCCCAGUGGGGACUACCCACCCCUGGCCGAUGUGUUCAUAUGAUACUUAGCCAGGCCCCAAGAUGGCUUCAAGCCUGCAGGUCCCCUUCUGAUCCUUCCACCCUUCUGACCUGGGUGUGGGUUUACUCAGAGCAAGGACAGGCCCUGAGCUCAAAGCCUGUGGCAUGUCCCCUUCACUGCCUCUGAGAAGCCCUUCCCCACAGGUUCCGCCUGGGCCGUUCUGGCUGCCUAGGUCCUGCCAAGUAGCAGAGGUUUCAGACUGCCGCCUCAGAGAGACCCUCUCCUGGGUGGUGCAGGCAGCUCUCCUCAGCAGAGUAGUGCCCUGCCCUACACCCUGGUGGCCAAGAGCAGGGUGUGGGGCUCCUGCCUGCAGGCAGGGCUGGGAGAAAGCAGGGCUGGGGUGGGGCAACACAGGGAGUAUUUUUAUAACUUGGAGUGAAUGGAAAUGGGGUGAUUCUAAGUUAUUGUUGCCAAAGACAUGUAAAGUUUAUUGUUGCUUUUGGGGAGCACUUGUUUUUCGUGUUUUUCUUUUUUUAAAUUAGUUUGAGGCUUAGGAUGCUGGUGCAAUGAUUUUCUUGUUCCUUGUUUUUUAAGAGAAACCAAGCUAACAAAAAACCA